AUGUUUUCUGCACUUGCAGGAGAGACUAAAGCAGAGCCCGCUGGUAAAAAGUGCCCACAAGGACACAGGUGCCCCCUGGGCUCAAGCUACGGAACAUACCAAGAUUUGGAAGGCAGUACCUACUGCAAUUCUUGCGGUGCCGGCUAUUAUUGUCCCAAGGGAGCCGAAGUUACAUUUAAUGACAAGUACAUCUGCCCAGCAGGGUCGUUCUGCCCAGCAGGAACGAAAAGUGAAAAGGAGUACCUCUGUCCUCCAGGGUUUUACAACCCACAUGUGGGCAUCCUAUCUGUGCUUGGCUGUUCGCCUUGCCCACCUGGGAAAUACUGUGACCGCGCUGGCCUCACAUCUCCAACUGGAGACUGUGCAGACGGCUUCUAUUGUUCGUCUGGUGCUCGUUACGAAAAAGAAGUCCAUACAGGGUGUAUAUAUGACUCGGGCGUUUUGGGACGGGGGACAGGCAGCUGUAACGGUGACGCCGGCCCAUAUCUUGAAAAAGUUGAAGCAGAACGACGGUGCUCGAGUCUCGACGCCUGUGUCGGGAUAGAGGCGAAUGAGCUGGGAUUUCACAUUAGGUGCGGGACUGUGGAGGCUCCCGAAGAGGAACAACAAAGUGUAUUUUUCCGAAAACUUUGUAUUGAGGCAGGCCUAUGUCCGCUGGGUUAUAUCUGCCCUCACGGAAGUGGUUCUCCACAGCCAUGUCCUGCUGGAAAAUACUGCAACUCCAUGGGACAGUCCGAGCAUUCAGGAGAAUGCCGUCCUGGCUUCUUUUGUCCUGAAGGAUUCUUCUGUGAAGAGGGAAGCGCGGCUCCUGUUGAUCCCACCAAGCUCUGUGCUGAGGGGCACUACUGUCCAGAAGGGACUCACACCGCCAUUCCAUGCGAGAGCGGCACAUACCAGCCGCAAAAGGGGGCGACGAUAUGUUUAACCUGCCCACAAGGAUCGUACUGCGAACCGGGUUCGACUGCUCCCAAAACGUGUCCAGCAGGCUUUUUCUGCCCUGCCGGCACUCAGCAUAAGUUUCAGUUUCCUUGUCCGCAAGGGACGUACGGCGUAGCCCAAGGUGCUAUCUCCUCUGCGAGCUGCCACCUCUGUCUGGGUGGUCAACUGUGCAGCACCCCUGGAACAUCGGCACAGGGGGAUCUUGCUAUGACUCCCUGCCCAGCAGGAUAUUACUGCGCUAAUGGGACAGGGUCUGUAACCCCUACAGCUUGCACUUACGGCGAAUAUUGCCCCGAGAACUCGACGCUCCCUACGCCAUGCCCCUCUGGAUAUUAUUGUGCAAACGAAGCUCUUGAAUGGCCCACUGGCCGCUGCCGGGGUGGAUACAUCUGCAAACAGAGAUCUUCAACACACAGCCCUGAAGCUGCAACGUCUGGGGAGAUGUGCCCCGAAAAAUAUCAGGGAUACCCGUGUCCUGCAGGAUAUUACUGCCACACUGCUCCUUUGGUCGAUACACUUAAAGGAAACGGUAAUACAAAGGCCGCUGGUGACGGACUGUCUGCGCCAGAAGCAACGUUUAGUCAGCUGACAGGAAUCGCUGUGAACCAUAUUCGAGGCGAGCUCAUAGUGGCGGAGUAUCAAGAGGGACGAAUCAGCUCCAUCCACCUGUCCACAGGGCUUGUAACUAAGAUUAAAACUGGCCUUAAAAAGCCUGGAGGCCUUGCAGUGUCAAAUGACGGAAACAUAUUGUAUGCAUCACUGUCAGAAGAUGGAAAGGUCAUUGCUAUUAGCCUGGAAGACUCUGGAGUCACCGAUGUCCAAACCGGCUUAAGCGAACCGUGGGGAUUAAGCCUCUCACUAGAUGGCGAGACGCUCUACGUUGCUCAAGCAGGCGCAAACAAAAUUUCUGCGAUUAAACUGAGUAAUAAGAGCCUGACCGAUGUUAUAGGAAGCGGAGCUCCUGGUAGGCCCCCUAUGUAGAACCGGGUGAACCACUAUGAGGUACAAAACUUGAGUGAAUUGCAAUUCACGGGCGUCUUAUUUGCUGCCGCAGCGAAUAUCACGCUAAACUCCCCUUAUGCAGUCGCUGUUGCCCUCGAUGAGAAGCUUUACGUAGCCGAUACGGGGAACCGGAGAGUACGUUUGGCCAGUGCUCUGCUUCAUCCACUUACAGGCAGUAAAUUAUGGCUUGUCAGUUUUUUUAAUUCACCAUGUGCUCCCUUACUCUUAAGCUACUUAGAGACCAUAUUAGCUGCUAGAGCUACCCGCAUUGCUCAAGAAACAGCAAUUGAUUACAAUCUGGGCUAUAUCGUUGCUCUAACAUUUGGAAGCCUACAAUCGGUAGGAAAAGCAGAAGGCCAAUUACUCUUGAAUAUUCUGGUUUGCUCUCAAGUCUGGAGGCUGGACUUGGACACACAUCGCAUUGAGCAAGUGCUUGGAACAGGCUCAGAAGGAUUCAGUGGUGAUGGACGGAUUAUCCCUGCGCCUGAAGCACAAAUCAACACUCCAACGGGAGUGGCAGUGGGUGAAAAGGGCGUGGGGCAACCACAGGUGACAAGUCGCUGUUCUGAGGGUUAUUACUGCCCUGAAGGUAGUUCCAGAACAAACGCUCUGCCUUGUCCACGGGGUCAUUUCUGCAAAUCACCUGAAAGUGCGCUUUUUAAUGUUGCGCAUAACGCCAUUGUGGACACACUGACUUCUGGAGAUUUUGUUGGUGGAAAUACGCCCGAGCAUGUGACAGACGGUGAUACUGACCUAGGCACUGGAUGGAUUUCUCAGAGCACCGAAAACUUAGAGCAUGGCUUGAUAAUUGAUUUAGGCAAACUGUUUUUCAUCAGCGAGAUCAGAAUUAUUUCUGGUGGGCAAACAGAAAGCAAGACUAUUUCCUCCUUCUCGAUGCAGUACUUCCACUCUUCGUCUUCCUCUUACCUUGAUCUCUUCAGCGUAGCAUCCAACGAGCAUUCAGACUACUCAAUGAGCUUUGGGGAAGUGGCCACGACAAAAAUCAUGCUGGUCUCACCAGACGCGCAAGUAUUCAUUUCAGAAAUUAUGGUAUUUGGAACAAGUGCCCCUGGCCCCGCCUCCCCAACGCCGUGCCCUCCUGGUUGGUAUCAGGACUUGAAAGCUCAAACAGAAUGCAAAGUAUGCCCUGCAGGAAACUACUGCACCGACACUUCAGCCACACCGUCUCUGAAGUGUCCACAGGGCUACUACUGCCUCAAAGGAUCAUUCAGUGGGUACGAAUACCCAUGCCCCCUGGGAACAUACAAUAAUCAAGUUGGAGCCAAAAGCUCAUCGGAGUGCUUACCGUGCCCCCCCGGAAAGUACUGUGGCUCCCGUGGUCUGACUGAGCCCACUGGAGACUGUCUAGCUGGGUAUUACUGCCAAGGAGGAGCCUGGUCCCCAGCUCCCCAUGCUGAAGAGAGCAAUCCUGACGGCAUUGCUGGAUCAUCAGGCAGCCUCUGUCCGAAGGGUUACUACUGCACUAGUGGAGCCACAACCCCGACGCAGUGCCCAGACGGUGCCCAAAGCGACUUGCUACCCCUCCAUGUAUUUGGAGAAGAGCAUGAGGACCACGGAUUGUGUCCCCCUGGGCACUACUGCCCUUCCGGCUCUGCGGCGCCCUCGCCCUGUCAUCCAGGAACGUAUCAGGACGGAGUUGGGUCCGUGGAAUGCAAGCCCUGCACUCCAGGAUAUGCAUGCACUGAGAAAGGUCUAACGCGUCCGGUGACAUUAUGCGACCCUGGUUACUACUGUCUUAAAGGGUCUAGCACGCCACAGCCAGCUGAUGGAGUCUCAGGUGGGCAAUGCCCUGCUGGGUGGCACUGCCCGAUGGGCAGUGUGGUGCCUAAAGCAUGCCCUCCGGGUCAAUAUACGCCUCUUGCUGGACAAUCAGCAUGCGCACCAUGUCCCGCUGGCUACAAAUGCCCUCUAUUAAGCCCAACACCAUCUCAGUGCCCCGACGGACUGGUAUGUCCCGAAGGAACAAUGAAGGGGACUCACUGCCCAUACGGUGCCUACAAAACUCGAGCAAACAGCUCAGGUCUAACUAAUGCAUGCGCUCCUUGUCCAAGGGGCAAGUACUGUAGGGCUGGUAUUAUUGCUGGACCAUGUAGCGCAGGGUGA